AACUGAGAUGGAGCGAACAAGAGUAAUCGUCAUCACACUUGUGUGCAUUUUGUUCUUUGAAGACCAGAAAAUCUUUGGGACAGGAGUGGACAUUGUAGUUAAACCAGGAGACAACAUCACUCUCUUCUGUGAUCAUGUGAUUCCAUUUGGUUCAUACCUCGUUUGGAUCAGAAAUAGCUCACAUGAAAAUCAAUCAUCUCUAUUAAUAGAUACUGAUUACCUGUUCAGGCAAACCUUUCCACAUUUCAGUUUUGUUUGCAACAGCUCCAGUAACUCUUUUUGUGAUCUACAUAUUAAAAACAUCAGUGUCUCUGACCAGGGACUGUAUUAUUGUGGAAUAAUGGAAAGAAAAAUAAGUAAUGAUGCAAAUGGCAUCAUAAUCUCUACGGAUGAGUACCGGUAUGGAAACAGGAGAACACGUCUCUCUGUGUUGGAGCCAGCGUCUCCUUUUGACGAGUCCUCCACCAUCACCACCAUCUCCGACCAUAGUGUAUCAAUAACUAGCCUCUGCUGGAAGCUGCUGUUCAGCGUGUGUCCUCUGUGUGUUCUCUUCUUCUCCAUCUUUGUUUACUGCCUCUGUAAGAAGAAAACUACAGGUUCUGGAGCAGAUUGUGGGGAGAAAGCUGAAACACAGACUGAGACCAGACAUGAUGAGGGUGGAGAUGAAGUGUAUUAUACUUCAUUAAACAUGGCUUCCAUACAACAAAAACAGCUGAAGAAAAAGAGAUUGUCCAGUGACUUUAGUGCUUAUUCUGAGCUCAGAUUUAAAAGAACAAACUUCUAAAGAGGAUUCUGGAAUUCUCUGUGAGCUCAGCUGUUUUGAAUAUGAUCAUCAGGGUUAACAGUAACUGUGUCAUUAGCAGUUAUAGUUUCGCUCUGUAACAGUAUUAAUGAAGUAAGCACUGAGUUUAAGAAAUGAUUAAAAUACAUUUUUUGAAAAAGCCUGUAAUUUCAAACCUGUAAUCAUCAAAUUAUUGCUAUCAUUAAUUAUUAGUAUUUGUAAAAUUAAACCAUAUGUGUGGAUGUGGUCACUGUAAAU